AUGCAGGACGAGGAUGCCUUGCCAGCCUUUCAGGAUUCGCUGACACUGAGCGCAAUGUCGGAAGGCUCUUUCUUGACUUGCCAGGCUGGGAAUACUUCUCAGCGCGACCUGGUUCUGGAUCAACACAGCACCAGAAUUCUGGCCGAGGAGCAUUCCCAGCAAGAUGAGCAGAUGCACCAGGUUGUUGGCAAGGUGUGGGAUCAAGUCGUCUUCUUGCUCCCACAGCUUCCACUAGCGCAGUUCCUUGGCAUGCUUGACCUCGCUGAACUACGGACUACAGGCUGUCACUUCCGGCAUAUGCCUCACGUGAAGAUUUGCACACUCGAAGAUCUGUUGCAGAAGCUGGAAUAUGGGGGACGGGCGGACAUCCUGAAAGCUUGCCAUUUCCUAUCAUCAAGAUGCCAACUGCUGCAAGGCAUUGACAGAAGGUUCCACGACAAGUUUUGCCAGGUUGUGAGAGGAUUGCUUUACUACAAAAGGCACUGGGAGAGAUACCACACGACCAGUCAAGACAAGGAGGUUGUUAGCUUGGCCUACAGUGCGCUGAUGGACAGCAGACACGACCGAUAUGUCACUUUCUGGACCAUACUUGAUGGGUCAUAA